AUGGACACUGCGGAGGUAAUUCUCUCUGUGUUGGUGGUUGUGAUUAUUAUAGUGUCGUUGCUGUCCAACGUCCUGGUGCUGAUCUGCUUUCUGUACAACCCGGAGAUCCGCAAGCAGGUCCCCGGUCUGUUCAACCUCAACCUCACCUUCUGCAACUUGUUGCUGACCGUGUCCAACAUGCCGCUCACUUUGGUGGGACUUGUCAGUAAGGCUCAGCCGGGGGGAGACGGAUUCUGCCAAAUCGUGGGAUUCCUGGAGACCUUCCUGUCCACCAACUCGAUGCUGAGCAUGGCAGCUCUGAGCAUCGACAGGUGGAUCGCGGUGGUGUUCCCCCUGAGGUAUCACUCCAAAAUGCGCCAUAAAGACGCGGCUUUUGUGCUCGGGUACACGUGGGCGCACUCCAUGUCCUUCUCCACGGUGGCCACCUGCCUCUCCUGGGUGGGAUAUCACCGGCUUUACGCGUCCUGCACCCUGUCCAACCCCAGGGCGAGCAGUCGGACCCAGUUUGUUAUCUUCACCGUAUUUUUCCACUCCUUCACCUUUCUCCUGUCUUUUAUAGUGUUAUGUGUCACAUACCUCAAAGUGCUUAAAGUGGCAAGGUUUCACUGUAAGAGGAUCGAUGUUAUUACAAUGCAAACUUUGGUGCUGCUGGUGGAUAUACACCCCAGUGUUCGCCAGCGUUGCCUGGAGGAGCAGAAGAGGCGACGACAGAGAGCGACGAGGAAGAUCAGCACCUUCAUUGGCACCUUCAUGCUCUGCUUCGCUCCCUAUGUGAUCACAAGGAUCGUGGAGUUAUUUCCAGCGGUGCCUAUCAAUCCUCACUGGGGAAUUGUCUCCAAGUGCUUAGCUUAUAGCAAGGCGGCCUGCGACCCCUUCGUGUACUCCCUGCUGCGGCACCAGUACAAGAAGACAUGCACUGACAUCAUCAACAGGCUGCUGAAGCGCAGCUCCUUGAACACGUCCGGGCGCGGGCACGAGAACCAAGGCAACAGCAUACCGACGGUGGAGUGACAGAGAGUGGACUGAUGGGAUAUGGUCUGAGGGUUGACCUGGCAACUGUCAGGGAAACGUGAAGCUGAUUUAUCGUAGAUUAAGAAGAGGACAAAUAUUGGUUGUUCCUGUCCACGUCUGCUUGAAUUUGGUCUGACAUGCCAAAAAAAGAAAAAGAAAAAAAGAGGA